AUAGGUUACUCUCAAAAGUAAAAUUAACUUUGAAAAAUUAACUUUAUUUGAUUGAAUUAUUUGAAUUUUUUAACCAAAACAAACUUAUAAAAUUUAGUAAAAUUAAGAAAGAAUUUUGUAUUAUAAUAAUAAGUGUUACCAUUUCUUUCGUACUGUUUGCUUAUUUCUAAAAUAAGGUUAUUUUAUAAACAUAAUCAUAUUCUUGUAUAGUUCGAAACAAAUGUGGAUUUUCAUUUAUAAUUAAUUUUAUUGUAUUGUAUAUAAAAGGUUACAUUGUGGAUGAAAUUAAUUUUAUUGGAUCCUAUAUAUCUCCAUCCAAAGAAAAGACUACGAAAACUUAUAGAAUAACUUACAAGUCUUAUAUACUGCCUCUAUAUAGACAAAGAGUAAUUCAAAUGCAUCAAAAUUUAAUUCCCAAUAUUUUAGAGGAAAAUCUUAAUGUUGUAAUAGUGAGAUAAAAUAAAUUCAGUGCAUUUAAAGAUGUAUUGCUUUCGUUGUCUGAAUAAUAUUUCUAUUCAUGCAACUCAAAGAUUUUAUUCAGUACCAAAUAAUAUAGUUGCAAAUAUAAAAAUACACAAAAUGAUAGAUAAAAGAAUAUGUCAAUCUUUUUAUACGAACACUUAUCAUUGUGAUAAUAAAUAUAUUCCAAAUGCUAUACGUAGUAAAAAACCCAAAACAUCAGGCAAUACAUCACAAUAUUUUGUGGAUAUAAAACAGGUAAGAGUCAUUGGUGGAAAAGGUGGUGAUGGAAAUAUAUCGUUUCUGCAAUUAUGGAAAAAUGAUCGUGCAGGACCUGAUGGAGGAGAUGGUGGACAUGGUGGGCAUGUGAUUUUUCAGGUUUCAAAUAAUGUUAAAGAUUUUAAACAUAUUAAAAGUGUCUUAAAAGCAGAACCUGGAGAAAACGGUUCUUGUAAAAAUUGUUAUGGUAAAAAUGCUAGUCAUAAUAUUGUACCCGUUCCUUCUGGAACUAUAAUACGUAACAUUAAAGGAACAAUAUUAGCUGAUUUGGAUCAAGAUAAUUCGAUGUUUAUUGCUGCACGAGGUGGUGCAGGUGGUCAUGGAAAUACUUUUUUUAUGUCUGACGUUCAACAAUCUCCAAAAAUUUGUGAAUAUGGAGCAGAUGGUGAAGAUUUGCAAUAUGUACUGGAAGUAAGAAGUAUGGCUCAUAUUGGACUUAUUGGUCUUCCAAAUGCCGGUAAAAGUACACUUUUAAGAGCUAUAUCUAGAGCUAGACCAAAAGUAGCAUCUUAUCCAUUUACAACUUUGAAACCUCAUGUGGGUACAAUAUCAUAUGAUGAUUAUGAACAAAUUAGAGUGGCAGAUUUACCUGGACUCAUAGCUGACUCUCAUAAGAAUAAAGGUCUUGGUAUAACAUUUCUUAAACAUGCGGAACGUUGUGGUAUUCUAUUAUUUGUUAUAGAUCUUUCUCUUGAUGAACCUUGGCAAGCAUUAGAAAUAUUAAGUUAUGAAAUCAAUCAAUUCAACAAAAAUUUAAACAAUAGAUCUUUUAUUGUUGUAGCUAAUAAGAUGGAUUUACCUAAAGCUAAGGAAAAUUUACAAUUGUUAAAGGAGAAAAUCGAUAUGCCUAUUAUACCUAUAUCUGCAAAAGAACAGCACUAAGGGCAAAGAUUUUGUUGGCAUCUUGAUCAACACUUAUUAAUAAUGCACUAGUAUCUGGAGAUAAACUUCUAAUUUUUUUCAAUGCAGAAUCUAAAGCUUUUGUAUUGCUAAAUGCUUUCAAUAUUUCUACAAAUACAGCACAGCCAAUAUUUGAUUGAAUCAUCUUUUGAACGGUUUCAACUACCGCACUAGCAACAGCAGUUUUAGCUAAUCUCUCUUUAUCAUCGAGGGAUUUUUUAAAUUCUUUUAGCAUACCACGUAUUUUGUCCUAUGUUCAAAACACAAAAUAUAAAUAAUUUAAAUUUAAUUUAUGAAAAUUAAUUAUAAAGUUAUAUGAUUAAAUAUACCUUUUUCCAACUAGAAAUUAUAGCAUGAGACACAUCUUCAUUUAGCUCUACUAUCUGCUUAACAUACUCUUUAGAAUUUGUACCACUUUUAUCAGUAUCAAUAGUAUUUUUCAACUGGUUUAAUUUAUCUUCUAAUAAAGCUGAUUUCUUAAGUGCUUUUUUUGCUUCAGGUCCAGUUAAAGCAACUAUACGUCUUAUACCUUUAGCAAUAGCUUCUUCACUUGCUAUGACAAAAUCACCUAUGUGUCCUGUAUUAUGUAAAUGUCUGUAAUAUAAAAAUAACUAAAAAAUUUCUAAAUUUCGUUCAACAUAAUGUUUAAUAAAAAGAUAUACUCUUACGUUCCACCACAAAAUUCUACACUAGUCUUCAAUGCAGCAUCAUUCAAAGGAUCUUUCUCCAAUUCUUCUAUUGGUAUACCUACACUGACUAUUCUAACAGGAUCAGGAUAAGUUUCUUCAAACAUAGCACGUAAUCCUUUAAUAGUUUUAGCUAAUGCCAGAUUGCUUUCUUUAGCAUAAAUAUUUUUAUUUUGUACUACCAUAUCAUUCGUAAUUUCUUCUGUUUUCUUUACUUGAUCCGUAGUCAUAGCUCCUAUAAUGUAAAAAUAUAUUAUAAAUUUAUUUUAAUAAUUCUAAAUCUACUUUAAUACAAGAUAAUAUUCUUCAAAAACCUUUGUUAGUGAAGUCAAAACGUAAUCUGUCAGGUGCAACUAACGAUCCUUUUUGAUCGGCUUCUAAACCCAAAACUUGCCGAAGUGCAUAGUUAAGAACAUGAGUUGCUGUAUGAUUACUCAUUAUUAGACGUCUACGCGUAGUAUCAAUAUUUAGAUAAACCUUAUCACCCUUCUUGAGCACUCCUUCUCCAACUGUACCAAUAUGCAAUACAUAGCCACCUCUAACUUGCACAUUCGUAAUCCGUAUUUCAGUUUCCUACGUAAAAUAAGAAUUAGAAUAUUUUUAUAAAACAUCUUAUUAUAUAAAAUGUUCUAAACUACUUGGUGCUCUAAAAUAGUAUAUAUUUACUUCAUCAUCAACUUUUACUAAAAAUCCUUCAUCAUAUAUUUGUCCACCUUGUUCCGCAUAAAAAUUCGUUUUGUCUAAUAAUAUUCCUAUUUCCUGUCCAGAAUGUACUUCUUCAACGAAAGUUUUCGAAUGUCUUAGAGCAAUAACAGUACUAGUGCACGACUCAAACGAAUAUUCAUCAUACGGAUUAUUACUUUUUAUAUUGUAAUUAUAUUUUGGUAAGUCAUCGGUGACUGGUAUUUCUGCAUUUUGUAAUUCUGUGAUUGCAUGAACAUCCAAAUUAAUUUGAUCAUCUAUCCCUCCAACUUUAUUUUGAGAGAUAAGCUAAAAUAAAUAAUACUGUUAUUAUUAAAAAUAUAAGUAACAAAAAAUAUUAUAGCCGUUUUAAUACCUGUGCUUGUUUCUUUGCUUCUUCAUAAGCAAUCAUAUCAACCUUCAAACCUUUCUCUUCAGUCAUGAGUUGUGUUAAAUCAACUGGGAAACCAUAUGUGUCAUAUAAACGCCAUGCAACAUCCCCUGGAACAACCUUAGAAGAUUCGAGUUUUGCUAUAGUUCGAUUUAAUAAAUUUCGUCCACGUGAUAAUGUUUUUAAAAAUUGUGUUUCUUCUUCAUUAAUUGUAUCAAUUAUACUUUGAGGAUCUUUUUUAACUUCUGGGAAUAUAUCGCCUAGACAAAUAAAUGAUAGAAUAAAAUAAUGUUCAAAAAAAUAGAAAAUCUUACUAAAAUUAAUACUUACCAAGUAACUCUACUAUUACAUUUAUCAAAGAUGCAAAGAAACCAGGUUUUGCAUUUAAUUUCUCAGUGGCAUAACGUACAGCACGUCUUAAAAUUCUUCUUAGAACAUAACUUUAAAAAAAAAAAAUUAUUAAAAGAGCAUGAAGAAUAUAAAUUAAAUAUUCAUACUAUAUUAUAUAAUUUACCCUCUUCCAGUAUUAUCAGGCAUUCCUCCAUCAGCUAGAGCAAUAGUUAAUGUCCUUGCAUGAUCUGCCAAUACUCUAUAUGCCAUAUCAAUUCCAUUCUUAUCUGCAUCCCCUACCCUUCCUUGAUAAGGUGGUGCUCCAGUACCUUUUUGAAUUGCUUCAAAGAUGGGCAUAAAUAAGUCAGUAUCAUAAUUUGCUUGUUUAUUUUGAAUGACUGAUACUAAACGUUCCAAUCCUAAACCACAAUCAAUGUGUUUUUUCGGUAAUGUUUUUAAAAUACCAUCUAAUUCCCUGUAAUAUAUGUGUAAUUCAAUUUUUACCAUUUAACGUAAUUAAAAAUAUAGUAUGCAUGUUUCUAUUUUCAUAUUACCUAUUAUAUUGUAUAAAGACAAGAUUCCAGAUUUCUAAAACAUCUGGAUCAUCCAUAUUUACUAAAUGAGCAGCUUCUCUACCACCAAUUCUAUCAUAAUGUAUUUCACUGCAUGGUCCACAAGGACCAGUUUCUCCCAUUUCCCAAAAAUUAUCCUUCAUGCUACCUGGUAAAACGUGAGAAGCUGAUACCCUACAAAAAAUAAAGUUAAUUAUAGUAUAUACAACACUUGAACAAAUAUACUUAUGUCUAAAUGUUUUAAUCAUAAAUUAAAUAUUAUUCUGAUAUUGUAUUUUUAAUUACCCAAGAGAAAGCCAUAUAUCUUUACACUCGUUAUCAGGAUUCAACCCAGAUUUUUCAUCUCCUCCAAAAUAUGUAAUGUAUAAUCUAUCUGGUAAUAAUUUUAAAUUAACUGUUAAAAAUUCCCAAGCCCAAGUACAAAUUUCUUUCUGAAAAAAUUUUUAUUUUAUUAAAAAUAAAUUUAUGAGAAUAAAUUAACAUAUGACCAUACCUUAAAAUAAUCACCAAAUGACCAAUUACCCAUCAUCUCGAAAAAAGUAUGAUGAUAUACAUCUUUCCCAACAUCAUCUAAAUCAUUAUGUUUGCCUCCAGCUCUUAUACAUUUUUGAGUAUUAACGAUUCUCACCCAUUUUGCCAUAUCACUGUUAGGAUCCACUGUACCAAGAAAUAUAGGUUUGAACUAAAAUAAAUCAUAUAUAAAAAUUAUUAAAAAAUGUAUAUUCUAACAAUUAUAUUUAGAUUAUAUUUCAGACAAAAGAAAUAAUAUUAUACUUGAUUCAUUCCAGCAUUGGUAAAGAGUAAAGUUGGAUCAUCAUGUGGUAUUGUUGAACUUGAAUGAACAUAUUCGUGUCCCUUACUUUUGAAAAAGUCAAUGUAAGAUUGACGAAUUUCCUUAGAAGUCAUUGACACACUCAUUUUAAUCUUUGUCUUUUUUCUGGCUGUAAUGGAAUAACACUAAUUUGUAUUAAUUUAUAAAUUUUAUACCAUAUGGAAAUAGAUUACAUCAGCUGUUUAAGUAAAAUUAAAAAAAAUAUAUUAUCAUCUAUGAGAAAACAAAAUUAUUAUUCAAAUAAGAUAUUUUUAAAAUAUGUACUGUAGUUUUAUGUUUAAAUAAAAAUAGCACAUUACUAGUAAUUGACGACAAUUGAAACACAGAUAUCAAAAACCGUGUAGUCGACACACAUGUACGUUACCGAUUAAAAGUACUGUGAGGAGAAGGUAGAAAAUCAAAACACGUGCAUGCAAUUUAUCGCUCUACUACUGAUAAUCUCCUAAUUGAAAAAAAUGUCAAAAAAAAUCUUUCCAUUAUAUUUAUGGAAUAUUCAUAAUGAUAAUAUUAAUAGAGAGAGAUAAAUA